UUGAUAAGAGCGCCCAAAGAGCGAUGCUUACUCAUAGCAGCCGUAGUAUCGUCUGAAAUUUCGCAUUUGAAACAUGUAAAACGCAGUAGAAACUUAAAGGGAAAUCACACAGGAUACAGGACUAUUUUUAAUUCGAAACAUGAGCGCGGAGUUGGCCCAUGCUGCCAGUCCGCCUGCUCACAUACUGGGCUAUGCGAUACGCAGUCGCACUCGCAUCUACGUCUCCUACAUAAUACCCACCUGCCUGGCGCUCUUAGUGUACAUGCUGCAGACUUCAACAGACUUGGCCUUGAGCUAUCAGCUUUUUCGUAAGCACGAGCCGGGCUAUGGUGCAGGCACCUUGGUACUGGUGCUGUUGCCACCACUGCUCACCUAUCUCCUAGUGCUCAGCUCCAGGGAGCAACGCAGCAGCGUGAGUGCCAAUCGUAGUAAAUGUAUGGGCUGCAGCCUGGGCUUGCUGCAGCUGCUCUUUUUCCCAUUGGCCGUGCUCUACAGAUUCACCAUGCGCUUGUUUUGGUCUGUUGAGGCGCUCUACCACGAGGAUGACGACGUGGAACGCAUGAAGUGCUUAGCCAAGGCAACACAAACAUCCAACAUUGAGUUAUAUCUGCUCAUCCAAGCAUAUGCACAGGCGGCGCCACAGAUUAUAUUGCAGAUGUACCACAUGCUCGUCCAGGACAUCUUUCGUAACUAUGAGACAUCCGCCUUGCAGAGCAUGUGCCUGGUAUUUGCGGCCAUAGAUCUGGCUGGGAUUACCACUAGUUAUCAUCGAAUUGAGAGCCAGCGGCGUGUGGGUCGUAAUUAUCCCUGGGCAACAGCGCAGCAAGUGGAGGCCCAACGCUGCCGGCUGGAGCAGAAUGAACGGCUAUGCGGAGAGGUGGAGCGCAGAAAACGUGAGUCGGAACGCUCACUGGCCACAAGUUUUCCUCAAUCGGAGAAGAUUAUGGCGAACUUCCAUGCCAGACAGGAAUCAGCCAGCCAGAUUGAGACGUCCGCAAUUGGCAGCCAUGAGCUGCAUGUAAACGGACAUGACGAGGUGGACAACGAUGCUGUGGAGAAGCUGGAGGUAAUAGCUAUGCUACACCAGCCCACAAGUACUGUGCCGGGCAAUGUCACGGACGAUGACAAGAUUUAUCAAGCUCGACCCAAAUUACAUUUACAACGCAACGAGCUUCAGCAUUUGGAUAGCAUUGAGGUGCUGGACACAGUGCCAGAAACGCCAGCUCCUCCGCCACCACCUGCCACAGCACCACCAGCACUGCCCAUGUUGCGGCUGCCCACAGAGAAUGAUCCGCCUGCAGCGCCAGAUCUGCGACGCACUGCAUCAGAUACGGAAUACAGAAGGAGUAGACGUGUUACACGUCCUCUUUCACAGCUAGAGACGUUCAAGGAUAUGCUGCUUGUGAAUGCACAACUCUAUAUUAAGGAGCAUGUGCCACGGCCACCCAAACUGCUCAUUGGACGUGUGGAUGAGGAGCCCAACUCCGAUGAACGUACUCCCUUGGUCCUGGCACAGACUCCAAAGGGCACGCCUUUGACACCGAAGGAUGUGGUCGACUUCUACUUUCCACGACCCACAAAGAUUGUGAAUGGCAUACAGCAGGAUGACUUUGCUGGCCGUACAGUUGCCUUCUUUGGCUGGAUAGCCUUCAUCAUAAUGCGCAUGCUGUCAUUGGCCACCUUCUGUGUCUUCUAUCCACGCGCCUUCUUCAUUGUGGUGGGCGUGCACUAUGCCUUGAUGCUGGCUGCCUUGGCGUUGGAGACGCGCUGCCAUGUCAGCUGGAGUCGUUGUCUGUUCUAUUUGCUGCUUGCCUACAUUUACAUUUUCGUGCUGAUUGAGCUUCGAGUUUGCUUUAAGAGCAUACGGCGUUGGUAUGUCUGUUAUUUGGUGCUCGUGUUGGCGGAGAAUAUAACCAUGUCGGCCAUUUGGUAUGGCAACGAACAAUUCGAAUCCUGGUGGUUUGGCUUCAUCUGGGAAUGGAUUGUCUACAGCGGCAUUCUGUUCCUGGCCACCAUUGUCGUCUACUACUGUAUACUACGUCCCAAGGAUGUGACGCUCAUCGUCGAGGAGGAAGGCGAGCCGCCUCAACAGUCAGAGCAGUCGGUUGCCUAGCUGCCUCGUUGCCAAGCUUUGAAUGUGUUUUCUCUGUCAAAUCAUUCAGUCAAGCAUUAUUCAUCGCUCGCAUCACAAAUCCAAUAAAUAAAUAAAUUAUUUUCGUUAGUUUU